AUGGACGACUCGAGUAAAUUUCAGCAGAUGCAAGAUGAGAUGUCCAGAUUCGAGGCAGAGAUCUCUGGGGCUGGAGCUCCAACUCUGCGACCCGUGAUUGGAGCUGCUACCUUUGGGGCUGUUCAGCAACAACUAGAACGUUCUUUGCCACCUCCACCUCCACCACCUACUUUACUUGCAUCAUUUGACCCUAAUGUCAUGGGGGCCAGGAUGAUGUUUCCUGCCGUCCCUCCACCACCACCACCACCAUCGAUGAUGGUACCUGCUUCUGUCCAGAGAUUACGACCCAAUAGUGGACCGCUGGACCAAUUCCCCGGCGCAAUGGCUUUUUUACGACCUGGAAUGCCAGGACCUCAAUUGAUCCCACCUCCACCAGCUCCACCAAAGCCACAACCGGUCAUAUUAUCAGCAGCUCCCAAGUUGUAUAAACAGCCUAAAGAAGACGAAGACAGAUAUGAUAAAGAGGGAAAGAAAAAGAAACGCCCACGUCCCUUGACCCCACCAUCUGAAAUGGAGAAGCCACCAUCGCCUCCGCCAGCACCACCCCAACCAUUACCCGUUGUAUCUGAGAUGCUUGCUCCAAAGAAAAAAGAGAAGAAACAUAGAAAGGUAGUAAGAACAGCUGGUGGUCAAGUAUGGGAGGAUGUAACGUUAUUGGACUGGCCUGAUGAUGACUUCCGUAUGUUCUGUGGAGACCUGGGGAAUGACGUCACGGAUGAAUUACUUGCUCGGACCUUCGGGAAGUACAGUUCAUUUCAAAGGGCUAAAGUGAUCAGAGACAAGAGGACAAACAAGAGCAAGGGUUUCGGUUUUGUCAGCUUUAAGGAUCCUGGAGACUUCAUUAAGGCUAUGAAAGAAAUGGAUGGACGGUAUGUGGGGAGUCGACCAAUAAAACUGCGCAAGAGCACCUGGAAGAACCGCGCUCUCGACGUCGUCAGGAAAAAAGAGAAGGAGAAAGCUGCCCUUCUCUCUCUACUGAUGUCCGCUAACAAGAGCUGA